AUGGAAAAAAGAAACCACACAAGAGUUGGAAACUUCCUCCUCCUGGGAUUCGUAGAGGACUCUGACUUGCAGCCCCUCCUCUUUGGGCUGUUCCUGUCCAUGUACCUGGUCACUGUGUUUGGGAACCUGCUCAUCAUCCUGGCCACAGUCUCAGACUCCCACCUGCACACCCCCAUGUACUUCUUCCUCUCCAACCUGUCCUUGGCUGACAUCUGUUUUGUCUCCACCACCGUCCCAAACAUGCUGGUGAACAUGCAGACACGGAGCAAAGUCAUGACGUACGAAGGCUGCCUCAGCCAGAUGUUUUUUUUCAUUGUGUUUGGGUGCCUGGACAAUUUACUCCUGACUGCGAUGGCCUAUGACCGCUUUGUGGCCAUCUGUCACCCCCUGCACUACACGGGCAUCAUGAGCCCCCGGCUCUGUGGGCUGCUGGCUCAGGGGUCCUGGUGCAUCAGCGUCGUGGGCUCCCUGCUCGAGACCUUGCCUGUUUUGAAGCUGUCCUUCUGCACAAACGUGGAAAUCCCACAUUUUUUUUGUGAUCUUCCCGAAGUCCUGAAGCUUGCCUGUUCUGACAGCCUCGUUAAUAACAUAGUGGUGUAUUCUGUGACCAUCGUCCUAGCUGUUUGUCCUCUCUCUGGAAUCUUCUUCUCUUAUUCUCGGAUUUUCUCCGCUAUCCUGAGAAUUUCAUCGGCCAGGGGCAAGGACAAAGCCUUUUCCACCUGUGGGUCUCACCUUUUUGUGGUUUCCUUGUUCUAUGGCACGGGGCUUGGGGUCUACCUCAGCCCUGCGGCCACACCGUCCUCUAGGACAAGUUUGAUGGCCUCGGUGAUGUACACCGUGGUCACCCCCAUGCUGAACCCCUUCAUCUACAGCCUUAAGAACAGGGACAUGAAGGGGGCCCUGGGGAGACUCCUUGGCAAGGCCACGCCUCUCAAAGAAGGGGCCAUUCCCCAAGGCCCCUUGUGA